UCAUACCGAUUUUAGCUUUCAAGAAGCAAAACUGGAACUGUGCCAUAAAUAUUUAAUCUCUCAGAACGAAAUGUGUAGCACAACUUCAAAGACACAAAAUCAUUACAACAUUUGAAUUUCUUCAGCUCAUCUCGUUUCAAAUGAGGAAAACGAAUUCCGUGAAAGAAAGAGCGCACGUAUACUCCACCGCAUUCGAGAACGUUGCCAUUAAUCAUACACUUGUUUAUUUUUUGCGGAAUGUUGUGCCACAGUUAUCAUCAAGCGCCGAAAAUGAACCAAUUUUAUAUCUCAAAGGGCUGUAGCUAUUCAUAGCUUUCGACAAUGACGCCUACGAGGCAUCCGACUUGGUGUUGUAGCACACAUUACGCCUGUUGUUGCUACAGUGUAGAGGGAUAGUAGGGAGUGUCUGUAGGAAUGUGGUGGGGGAACUGCCCAAUGAGAUAAAGACAUACAUGACAUGUGAUUUUUAGAAUAGUUCAUUUUUAAAAGUCAGAAGCUGACUUUAGCCAUAUCUAUUAAUAGUGUUGAUAGACUCAGGCACAUGUGAUAUUUAAGUUCAUUAAAUUAUGCUAAAAGGAGCAGUAUUUUAAUUAAUAAUAAUAAUGAAAAUCUAAUUGAGAGCAACUCAUUCUGUUAAUAAUUUUCAGGAUCAUAAUAGUGUUUGGAUUUUCAAACCAACCAAAAAGUACUUGAGAUGGGUAGCACAUUACAUUACUCAAACAGUUAACAAGUUCCAUCUUUUCCCAGAAUGGUUAUUUAAUGCUGUUGUGAUUCAAUACUGAACAUUACUUUUUUAUGAGAUAUGAUCUGAGCCAGUUACUCAUUUGCCCACGGAUUCCAUAUUGGGCUGAUUUUCCUAAAAGUAUUCUGUGAUCGACGCAGUUGAAAGCCUUAGUCAGGUCACAGAAUAUGCAACGGCUUGAGCCCUCCUUCAGAUCCAAAUUACAAUUUUAAGAAUUUGGAUAUACCAUCAGGAUGACAUCAGAAAUAAUGUCAGAGACUAAUUGUCAAAGCAAUGAAGAACUAUCUGCUGAAGAAGAAGCCCCAAUAAAAGUAGAAGAAUUUUUACUAGUGGAAGAUAUUGCAUAUGUGAAAAUGGAAGAUCCAUGCAUACUGGCUUUCUGGCGCCAGACUGCAGAAGCCAUGGAGAACACAAAGACAGGCAGUGAAGAUCUGGAACUAAAUUCUGGGCCAGAUGAGUGGGACAUGCACUGGAAAGAUUAUAGGAAUUGUAGAAAAGGAGAACAACUGCAAAACAACCUUCAUGGCAGGACUGGAGAGCUGGAUAUACGUCCAUGCUAUACAUGGCAAAUAACUAAGUGGCUUGUCUCUGAAAAACCAGUCGAUGGUUGUCAGGCAGAUAGUGCAGACAAUACUUCAAGCCCAGAAUCAGCCAUAAGUAAGUGGUAUGGAUGGAGUAAAGACGAACAAAGUCACUGGCCAAGAGAAAUUACUGAUUCUAUCAAAUUUCUUGAAAACAGAGUACCAGAUACACAUUGUCACCAUUGUUCUGAAGACUUCUCUGAAAAGGAUGAUUUGUUAAGGCAUAUAAAUGAGGAGCACCUAGAAGAAGAUGUUGGCUAUUUUCAAUGCAGCAAAUGCUUUACUUCAUUUGAUAGUAAGAAUAAUAUAAUAAACCAUCUGCAGAAUAUAAACAACAUGUGUAGACUCUGUUCAGAAUACUUUUGUAGUGCUUCAGAUCUUCAGACACACUAUCAAGAUCAUGAGAGAAUGUACAGGUAUACUUGUGAUCAUUGUAAAAGUAGGUUCCAUAAUGAGGUUCAGUAUCAGCAACAUGCACUACUACACAAAGGAAAUAAGAUUGAUGAUAGUAGUCUUCAUAAAAGAAAACAUAAUAGGAGCUAUAAGAAAUCCACAAAAAAGCGACGAUCUAUAAAAAGACCAUAUGAGUGUGUCCUUUGUCCAAAGACAUAUGCUUAUAAGCAUUCUCUUGAAGUUCACAUACAGAAACACAACCAAGAAAAAAUACUCAAAUGUAAUUUUUGCCCAUCUACAUUUUACAGUAAACAUUCCUUCAUUGACCAUAUGACUAUGACACAUCCUGCUAGGAACUCCUCUUUAACUGAAAAAUUCAGUAUUGUCUCAUCUUAUGGAGCUCAAAGUAAAAAGGAUUUAGGUAGUGAUGUAUCUACCUGAGGUAACUCCAAUUGUAUAACAAAACUAGUAUAUUUUCACCACUACCAUCAGUGUACAUGAACUCAGAUGUAUGUAUACACACAUACAUAUGCGUGGGAUUAUUGUAGGCCUUAGUCUGUAAUUAAUACCUGAAAAAAGUGUGCAGUCAGUAUAUGUGAGCAACAUAUAACAUUUGUUUUAGUUAAUGAUGUUCUUUAAAGAAGAUGUGAAAAUUGAUAUUACCUGAUGAAAUGCAAAGAAACAUUUUGUAAAUUGUGUGAAAAUUUCAGCUUUUCAAAUAUUUCCUGUUGUAAUAAAAGGAAGAAGGAUUUUGUCUUUGAAAUAUCUUACAUAAGUCAAAACUUGUAAUACACAAAAGAGCUACUUUAUGACAUCUGUUUUUCAUUCUGUAAAAAUAAACACUUAAUGUGUGUAAGAACACUCUCAGUUCCUUUGACCCAGGCUGUUCCAGCUCGAGUAUCCAUCUGUAGGCAACUCGGUGCUCACCAGCAGCAGUGGGCAAACAACUGAUGUGCAGGCAGUCAGGCCACAAACUACAUGAUUGUACUGCCCUGGCUGAGUGCCUGUGCACAGGUUUGGCCUCAUUGCUUUUACACACACAAAAGUACACGAAACCGAGCUGCCUCAUCUACACCUGUCUGCAGGUGAGCAGAUUGUUGGUCAUGGACACUUGUGCCCAAUGGGGCAUUGUUGGAGCAGCCUACUUUAACCCUUUCAUUGUCAUAUUGCAAUGAUAUGUCCAAAAUUAUCAUAAUUUUUUGUAGUUUAUAGAUUUGUGUUACAGUAUUGUUUGUAGAUCUAAUCAGCUGCCAAAAAAAGAUGCAAAAUAUUAUCAGAAGUUAAACUGGAUAUAAAUUUUAUGGUAUUACGAUUAACACAGAGCAUAUUUAAAAUAGUUAGGCUCUUUAUAAUCUAUACAAUAAUAUUGGCUGUGUCAAUGUAUUUCCCUUUGAUUUGCAUUACAAUCAUUUAUGCAUACUGCUUUUUUUGGUUGUUACUUCCUUUUUAUUGGUAGUGUGAAAUAUCAGACUUUGUACUCUGUAGAAGCAAAGAGGUUCUGGUGCUUUUCCUGCUUGGAGAACAUAAAGUACUGUGUUGGGCCAAUGGCCUUGCUGCAGUAACACCAGUUCCAGUCAGAUCACUGAAGUUAAGUGCUGUUGGGCUGGCCUAGCACUUGGAUGGGUAACCAUUCAGUCUGCCAAGUGCUGUUGGCAAGCAGGGUGCACUCAACCCUUGUGAGGCCAACUGAGAAACUACUUGAUUGAAAAGUAGCGGCUCCGAUUUCGGAAACUGACAUACGGCUGAGGGAACAGUGUGCUGACCACAUGCCCCUCCGUAUCCGCAUCCAGUGACGCCUACGAGCUGAGGGUGACAUGGCGGCCGCUCAGUACCUUUGGGACUUCAUGGCCUGUUCGGGAUGAGUUCAGUUUUAAACUACUGUGUUACGCUAGAAUGGUUGCUCCUGUUAGUGUCCAACUACAUUGGAAGGGUUUCCUUUACUAUUGUAUUAACAAUAGAGGAUGCAUGAAUUCCAAACAGUGCCAUUAAAAGAAGAGAGAAGAAGAAGAAGAAGAAGAAAGAAACAAAGUAUUAUUUGUAACCCCUUUUGGUGACUGGUGGUUAAUAUGACAGGUGUUUGUCUAUAUACGUAUUCCACCCAUAAUAAAGACAUCAAAAACCUGUAGUUUCAUAUUCAUGUCCUUCAGAGCCAGUAUUCUGAUUUGCAGGAAAGCCAAAAUAUCUCCUCUACUUAAAUUCUUGCUCAGUUUUCCUAGUGGCAUGUCUUCCUUGUUCAACUUUGUAGUGCCAUAAAAAUCUUCUAUCAAUUACUAAACUGUCUGUUUGUAAGGAUCUAUAAAAGUUAACAGUUGUCAGAGAGUGCCCCUUGUUCAAAAAAGGAUUGAUCAGUGUCAUUGAAAUGUGGGAAGAUGUAAGAAGAUAUUUGUACAUUUCAUCAAAGCCGUCCGGAGUGACCGAGCGGUUCUAGGCACUACAGUCUGGAACCGCGCGACCGCUACGGUCGCAGGUUUGAAUCCUGCCUCAGGCAUGGCUGUGUGUGACGUCCUUCAGUUAGUUAGGUUUAAGUAGUUCUAAGUUCUAGGGGACUGAGGACCUCAGAAGUUAAGUCCCAUAGUGCUCAGAGCCAUUUUUCCAUCAAACUUUGUGUCAUUCUCAGUAUAGGUUAUGGCAGGUAUUACUAGUAAACUAUUGGAUUAUGUGACAUAAAACUCUUUUUGGUGGCAUACACACUUGCAAAAUCUAACAAUGGAAACUCCAGGUAGGAUUAUCAGUAAUAUAGGAAAAGGUAAAUUGCUACUUACGGUAAAGAUGACAUGCUAGGUCGCAGACAAACACAAUUAAAAAGCAGUUACAAUAAGCUUUUUGCCACAGCUUUUGUCAGAUUGAAAGAAACACAACCAUUCAUUCAGACAAGCAAGCAAAUUUCACUCACACGACUGCUGACUCAGGAGCUGCCAGUGUUGACAUCGGUGUGCUUGCUUGUUUGAAUGAACGGUGUGUGUUUUUCUCUUUCUAAUGAAGGCUGUGGCCAGGAGCUGAUGUGUAAGUGUUUUUUAACUGUGCCUGUCUGCAGUGUAAUAUGUUGCCUUAACAGUAAGUAGCAAUCUAUCUUUUAUUACACUGUCAAUGUUACUACAGUCACAGAAAUUUAACUACUGUAAUCUUUCUCUUGGGAGUCUGCAACUGCUUGCAUUGUUUUAUUGAAGAUGCACCUGAAAAUUAUUUGAUUAUAUUGCAGUUCAGGUAACUUUACAAUGCCUUGUGAAUUUCUUGACUUGUAGCUGCCACUAUUCUGAAGUGAACUGAACUGCAUUAUCCUUUUAUCCCUUCGAAUAAGUUACAAACUAAUUUAUUAUCCUGGAAGAGAGGACAAUGUGUGAUGCCUUCAGUGACUACUGUAGUCAGUGUUACAAGUUCUGUAGAUCUCUUGAGUGAUUAUUUUAUUGAAAUUAUGUGGAAUGAGUCAUUUUAUAAAUAUUCAUGGAUGGAAUGAAAGGAGUAUAUCUUGAGAAAUGAAUUUAUGUUAGAUUUAAAACUUGCUUUGCUACUUGUCAGACAUUUUAUAUUAUUGGUCAAAUGAUCAAAAACUUUUGUCGGUGAAUAAUGAACUCAUUUUUGAACCACUGCUAGCUAUAAUAAUGUGUAAUAAAGGUCACUAUUCUU